AUGUCAACACCAUCAACCGUGAGGAGGACGAAAAACGCGUAUACAUUUCGCGUUACCGCAACCGGUGGUGACGGCGAUGAAAAACCAGAUCCGAACGAGUGGAUGCAAAACGCGAGAAAGGAUACCGAACGUCGAGCGAUGCAAUUUCGCAAGGCGAGAGAGGUUAGUAGUGGAGCAAAAGAAAAACGCGAACCGCGAAGGUAUUCUCGUGCCGGUCGCGAUCUGGACAAGAUUAGAACGGCGAUAUCCCGAGGUUGGGUCCUCGAUGAAGAGACGGGCGAGUACGUAAAGCCAGAAUCCUCCAUCGGUGACUUUGAAGCCUCUUCCUCCGAGGAAAACGGCGUAGCCACUGAUGCGCCUGGCAUCUGGGAACCUGAUAUGGUUUCCUCGAAAGAAUGGAAAGACCAGUGGACGAUGACGUACGACGAAUGGAAGGUGAUUCAAGCGGAAGCGAAAAACGCCAUCUUUCCGCAAGAUUGUUUGAAAGUUUUCGAAAAUGGCGGCUUGCGUCGCGUUUCUCCGAACAUUGCCGGUAAAAUGCUCCAAAUUUUGGGAAAUAAAGUUCAAAGCGUCAAAAUGGAUCGCUUUGAACGCGCAGGGAUUCGACGAGACCCGCGAUUCGCACACUUGGUUGGUUUAACCGUCGCCGCGGCGCGUCAAAAUUCCGAAGAGUUCAAGACGUCAGCCGUGUGUCAAGCAAUUUGGGGUCUCGCCGUCGUCUCCGGCGAGGCUGCAAAUGCGGCCGAAAUGGAAGUGUUGUCGAACCGAGCAGCGCGUUCGGUGGUGGAGAUGAAACCAAAGGACGUCACGAAUGUUGCUUGGGCAUUAGCGUCAUGUCGACACGCCAACGAAGGUUUGUUUUCCGCCAUUAAUGAAUACGCCGAGCAAGGCGGAUUGAAAGGAUUUGACUCCUUUAAAAUCACAACGUUAUGCUGGGCCACGGCUCACUUACAAAUGGAUGGCGAUGGAAUCAUCAAGGGAGUCGCGAAGUGGGCUUCCAAUGCCCCAGGAUCAAACGAAGGCGAAGACGGUACGCAACAAACCGUGAACAAAUUGAAAGGCGCGCAGCUUUGCACGUUGAGUUGGUCGCUCGUGAACUUGCGUAAUGACGUGGGAUUGAACUCGGACAUUUUGAAAACUGUUUGGAGUCACGUGUGCUCUCAAGAAGGUAUCAAAAAGUUCAUGGAAGACGAUAGCAUUCGAGGACGAGACUUGAAUCAGCUGUACCAAACAGCUAUGGCGAUUUCAUCGUCCGAUACCAAUAAAAACGCGACUCUCCCGGAUGCUUUAAUGGAAAAGUGCUCCAACGCGUGGGCCGAACAACGUCGUCCGCCGGUUAUUUCUUGGUUUCAACGGGACGUUGCGGCUAUUCUCUCGUACAUGGGUGAAAAGUACGAGGAAGAAGCUAUCGUUGCGGGCUAUCGCGUGGAUGUUUUGCUCGAAUCCAUCGGCGUCGUUCUCGAAGUCGACGGACCUUCGCACUUUGCGCGCAAUGUGAAAGAUCACGCGCUCGGUCAAACGAAUUUGAAGCGCAACUUAUUAAAAGCGGCUGGAUAUAAAAUCUUUCCCAUCGCUGUGACAGAGUGGGAUUUGUUAUUUAAUGUUGAAGAUAAAUCUGAUUACGUUCGAGCUGGGUUAGAUGCGCUCGCAAAUGGAGAAGACAUUCCAGACAUUGUGCCGAGCGAAGAUUUCUCCUCGGCGCAAAGGGACAGUAAAAACGAAGGCGAUAGGGGUGGAUCUGCUUGGAACAGACGUCAAAUGAGCACAAUGUAG